AUGAAAAAACAGAAAUUAUGCUACAAGAAAAAUACCUACAUAAACAAGAACAUAAAGUUUAGGACACUGAAGCAGCUAAUCCCAGAGCUUAUCGAAAAGGACCACAGGUACAUCCAGAUUUCCAAUAGAGUAUCUGUAAGACCCGGAAUGAAGUUAUGCGAUCUCACAGGUCUUCCAGCACCAUACACGUGCCCAAAUACAAGGCUGUUCUACUAUGACUCUUCUGUCUACAAGAGAAUCUGUGAAUUGCCCAGCGAUCGUAUCCAGAAGCUGUUUCAACUAAGAGAGUUUGGAAAGACUUUGGUUUCACUUAGAAGGUGA